CCGAGGGGUGGCUGGAGCCGCCCCUCUGGUCUUCGUUUUUACUUAAUUUUUUUGUUUUACUUUUUUAAUAUUUUUAUUUUUUAAUUAUCGAUUUGUUUAUAAUUUUUAUUUUUUAAUGAUUUAUUCAUUAUAUUUUAUUGAGUGGUAGGGCCCACCCAUUAUUUCCUUCCUGCUGUAGCUCAAAAUUGCACCAAAACGAACUACCGCAUCCGCAUAGAAGCCGAAUCCGUUCCACUGACUAGAGAGCCCCUGCGAAGUUCGUCUAUAGCAUAUCGGCCACGGCAUGAAAGGCAGUGACUCCGACGAAUCGGCCGAUCACCACUUGACAACGAUAUCGGAGCAUUUUUUCGGCGAUGACACGGACGAACUGCCCUUCUCCAUCUCUAUCAUUGAGAAUAUGAAAGAGGACUAUGGCCUGUUUGUCUGGCCCUGCAGUGUCAUCCUGGCCGAGUAUGUUUGGCAACAGAGAUUGCGUUUUACCGGAGCAAGCGUGGUUGAGCUUGGCGCCGGGACUUCCUUGCCCGGGUUGGUCGCCGCGAAAGUCGGUGCUGACGUCACUAUUACCGAGCACUCCGAUAGAUUAGAGGUGAUGGACAACAUGAGAAGAGUGUGUGAUCUGAAUAAACUCCAGUGUAAUGUACUAGGAUUGACAUGGGGAGUUUGGGAUGCAUCCAUAUUUAGUUUAUACCCAAAGAUUAUUCUUGGGGCAGAUGUAUUGUACGACACAAGCGCCUUUGAUGACCUCUUUGCCACCGUGACUUUCCUGCUUGAUAAUUCUCCUGGGUCAGUCUUCAUAACAACAUACCAUAAUCGAAGUGGGCAUCAUCUUAUUGAGUUCUUGAUGGAAAAAUGGGGGUUGAAGUGUAUAAAGCUUCUUGAUGGCUUCUCAUUCAUGCCAUGCGACAAGGCUGCUGGGUUGAGUGGCAACAUUCAAUUGGCAGAGAUUGUUCUGAAUAACGUUCGGCCUUAGGUAACUAAUCGCAUUGGAUUAGCAUCUGGAAGUUUCUGAUACAGCCGUUCUAGUCAAAAUCCAAGCUUCCCAUUGCCAAACAAAACUAGGCAUGGCGGGCUAGGGAGUGAGCCCUAGUUUGUGAGAAACAAAAUAGAGCUCAGCAGGGCCUCACAUCAUGCAAUAAUAGCUGUUGGUUAAGUAGAGAUGAAUUUUUAUGGUUCAAAUUAGAUUUGAUCAGAUGCAAUGGUAAUGCCCAUGUUCUUUUGUUGGAGAAUAUUAUGCAUUCUAAAAAUAAUAGGCCUAAAUCAAUAGUCAGCAAUAAACACGGUUGAUCUUUUGAAACA